UCAUAAAAUUUAUUUUUUAAAUAAUUAUAAAAGUGCUUUUGUAUUUAUUGUAAGUAGAAUAAGACAUUAUAGUUAGCAGCACUGUUGCGAAUACACCCUUCCACGUGUAUUUUGUUCUCUUCUGAAGUAUUGCAAGGUAGUUCUUAUCAGAAUGGCGAAACCAAUAUUUUUCAUAACCGGAAAUGCAAAUAAACUGGAGGAAUUUAUGGCUAUUAUGGGAAAGGAUUUUCCACGAGAAAUUCAAUGCAGGAAGCUCGACCUUCCGGAAUUUCAAGGAGAUAUGGCGGACAUUUGCAACAACAAAUGUCGGGCAGCAGUAAAUAUAGUGAAAGGUCCUGCUAUUGUUGAAGACACAUGUUUAUGCUUCAAUGCAAUGAAAGGAUUACCUGGACCUUAUAUCAAAUGGUUCGUAGAUAAAAUAGGACCCGGAGGACUGUACCGAAUGCUCCAAGGUUGGGAAGACAAAUCUGCGGAAGCGAUUUGCACUUUUGCCUAUUGCGACGGACGACCGGAAGAUCCGGUUUUAAUGUUUCACGGUUCAACCCAAGGAACCAUCGUGAGUCCUCGAGGACCACGAAUUUUUGGUUGGGAUGCAUGUUUCCAGCCUUUAGGCAUUGAUAAAACCUAUGCAGAAUUACCGAAAAAUAUGAAGAAUCAAAUUUCACACCGUAACAAAGCGCUAGAGAAACUAAAAUGUUAUCUUUUGAAAGAUCUUCAACUUUAAAUAAGAAACAUUAUUGUUUUUGAAAGUACUAUAUUCAUUUAAGUUUAUGAUUUCUAUAAGUAUUUAAAAUAUGUAUUUUGAAGUUACUAGCAUUGAGAAAUAUAUUUUAGUUCUUUUUCUUUCAGUAUUGUUUACUAUUUCUAUACAAAUAUGUAUUUGCAAAUAAAUAUAUGAAUGAUUGUA